UCCCUCUCUAGCCGCCGCUUGCAGAACCGCAGUGGUAUCGAAGACGAAUGACCCUCGCACCCUAGCUGGGAAUCAUGUCCGUGAACAUAGUUAUCCCCCCUCCGCACACUUUUCGCGUUUUCGCUUCCGAUUUCCAUUCACUGACUGUUACUGCGUCCUUUUUCCGCACAGUCACGAUGCUCUUCAGAUUUGCCAGGGGGGCUUUUUAUAACUAAAAAGCAGCAAUGCCGGGGGAAAUACGAGAAAACCGUUAGAGAUUUAAUAUCAGCUAUAUUUUUCAUCGUCAUCUGCAGUUCAUCUUUGAUCCCCCCUCCCCAUUAUACACUGUUCAUUCCUCGCACUUCAUGUCAUUGCCGGGGACUAUGUGAACAUCAUGCUGGCGAUGCGGUGUCUGGUGUUUGCUGCAGUGAGUGCACGGUUCGCCGUGACAGCCUGGAGCGUCCCCGUGGUGGCGGAUGAGGGAGCAUGGCAAUGGCCAGCACCGAAGGACCGCGGAGACCGGACCGGUUCCGAAGAGGAGGUCACCAAACCCAAGCGGCUCCUGCAGCAGAUCGAUUCAGAUGGGGAGGUUAUUCACAGCCGUCUGGACACCAGGGUGAAAAAUACCACGGAGGGGGCACAGGCUCAGCCCCUCCAUCUGGCCCAGAGCAGUUUCCUGGUGGAAGCCUUUAGGACCUCCUUCAUCUUGGACCUGGAGUUAAACCACAACCUCCUGUCUUCGGAUUAUGUGGAGAGACACUUUGACAAAGAUGGAAAGCCGUCACAGACCUUGGGGGGGGAGCACUGUUACUACCACGGGCGGGUGAGGAAUGUGCCAGGCUCUUGGGCGGCUCUUUCCACCUGCCACGGCCUCCAGGGCAUGUUCUCCGAUGGGAAUUUCUCCUAUGGAAUCGAGCCCGUUCUCCACGGCGGUGAUCAGAAGGAGGAUGCCCAUCUGGUGCACCGGAUGCCCCCCCUGGAGCUGCCACCCAUCUGUCCAGGAUGCACACAGAAGAGCAGAGACGCGGGCGAGGACGAAGACAUCAAUGGUGACAGCAGCCCAGAGUCGGGGGAGCCCACGUUUACAGAGGGGCUGAGGCGCUCCAGAAGACAAGUGCGUCGAACUCAGCAUACAGUCCAAACUGAAACUAAGUACAUUGAGCUGAUGGUGGUCAAUGACCAUCACCUGUUCCUGCAGCUGCGCAGUUCCACUUCUCAGACCAGGAACUUCGCUAAGGCCGUGGUCAACAUGGCCGAUGCUAUCUACAAGGAACAGCUGAACACCAGGAUAGUUUUGGUUGCCAUGGAAACCUGGUCAUCACAGAAUAUGGUUUCUGUUGGCAAUGACCCCCUCCUGACCCUGCGUGACUUUAUGAAGUACAGAAAAGAGAGCAUCAAAGAGCACAGUGACGCCACUCACCUACUCUCAGGGCGCACCUUCCAGAGCAGCCGCAGUGGGACGGCCUACAUUGGCGGCAUCUGUUCCAUCACUCGAGGUGGAGGCGUCAAUGAGUAUGGCAAUGUGGGCCCUAUGGCCAUCACUCUGUGCCAGAGCCUGGGCCAGAACAUCGGAAUGAUGUGGAACAAGGACCAGACAACCGCAGGAGACUGCAGGUGCCCUGAUGCCUGGCUCGGCUGCAUCAUGGAGGACACUGGGUAUUACUUGCCCCGCAAGUUUUCUCACUGCAGUGUGGAGGAGUACAUUCGCUUCCUGCAGCAAGGGGGCGGCAGCUGUCUCUUCAACAAGCCCAGCAAGCUGCUGGACCCUCCCGAGUGUGGGAAUGGUUUCGUGGAAACGGGUGAGGAAUGCGACUGUGGCUCUCAGGUGGAGUGUGCACGUAGGGGGGGUGCUUGCUGUAAGAAGUGCACUCUGACACAUGACGCUAUGUGCAGCAACGGCCUGUGCUGCCGCGGCUGCAGGUACGAGUUAAGAGGAGUGGUCUGUCGAGAGCCGGUCAAUGACUGCGACGUCCCAGAGAUGUGCACUGGAGACUCUAGCCAGUGUCCUCACAAUGUUCACAAGCUGGAUGGGUACUUUUGUGACAACAGCCAGGGCCGCUGUUAUGGAGGGCACUGCAAGACUCUGGAUGCACAGUGCAGAAGCCUGUGGGGCCACAACUCCGCCGACCGCUUCUGCUAUGAGAAGCUGAACAGCGAAGGCACAGAGAAGGGAAACUGUGGUCGCGAUGCCAGCAGCCAGGUCUGGGCGCCAUGCAACAAGCAGGAUGUGCUUUGCGGAUUGCUGCUGUGCUCCAACAUGACUGUGAAGCCGAAAGUGGGGGAGGUGCAGGGCGAGGUCACCAGCCUGACCAUCUACCACCAGAACAAGUACAUGGCCUGCCGGGGUGGUCAUGCCAUGCUUGAAGAUGGGUCAGAUCUGGGCUAUGUGGAGGACGGCACACCCUGCGGGCCCAGCAUGAUGUGCUUGGACCGCCGCUGCCUCCCCUUGGCUGCCUUCAAUCUCAGCACCUGUCCCGGUUCCUCCCCAUCGUCCUCCCGUAUCUGCUCACACCAUGGGACUUGCAGUAAUGAAGUAAAAUGUAUCUGCGACCGCGACUACACUGGGAAGGACUGCAGCGUUUAUGACCCCAUUCCCGACCCCAAACUCCCGGAUGGCUUUGAGAAAUACAAAGGUCCCAGUGGCACCAAUAUCAUAAUAGGGUCCAUUGCGGGUGCAAUUCUCCUGGCAGCUAUAGUCCUGGGGGGGACAGGAUGGGGAUUUAAAAACAUCCGGAGAGGAAGAUCUGGUGGUGGUUAGGCUCACGGUCUCUCAGUUCCUCUUUUUCUGCACUGUGUCCUUUUCACUGAGGAGGAAUUAAGAAGAAAAAGUCUUCCACUCAUCGCUGUACUCCCGCACCUUGAGUGACCUGUCCAGUUAUUCCACCCUUCUGUAAUCUCCUCCGUUCCAGCCUAUCUCCACACGCAUCUUCCUCCUCACAUGGUCAAAAACCAGGCAUUCCAGUAAGAACCAACUGCCAGUCGUUUCUUCAAGCACAAUUCAGAUCUCCAAAAAAAAGUGGACUUCCAGUGGCAAGAAGGAUUUCUUCCAGUGUCCCAAAAGCUUUAUCUUUUUUUUUCUCAAUUUCUAUUUUCUAUUCUAUUUUUCAUUUUUAUUACUGCGAACCAGAUGAAUGAGACACUGCAUUUCUCAGUCAUAUUUCACAGAACUCCAUACACUGGACUAGAAGUUUUGGUUCUCCAGAAUACAGACUGAUGCCUGUUUAAAUGAAUUGGAACAUUUGAGAAUUUCGAGUUAUUUUUAUUUUUGAUCAGGGUAAAGGCUAAAGCGAAUGAAGCGUGCCACACUUCUUCCUCAUCCAGUUGUCCCACAUUGCGGGAGCCACUGGUGGGUGUGAAGGAAGAGGGAGAUUGUGGAAUCACCUUUUGCCUCUGUCUUAGAUUUUCUGUACUUUAUGUCUUAAGUGUUGGCACUUACCGGGUAGAAGCGCCCCAUAUAUUCUCAGCACUGCCACCUCUUUCCAGAUCGGUGCAGUGGACCGCAUGGAGUACUGUGCCAACUCACAGCAGAGUUUUGUAUCUGUUCUCUGUCUACUUCAACUACUCUGUUUGUUUAUCAUAUGGCUACUUUUAUCUUGUAUCUACUAACAUUCCAGCCAAUGUAACUGUAAUAAUAUUUUUAUAUUUUAUUUAUAUUUAUAUAUGUAUAUUUCAAGAUUAUGCCACACUUUAGCUGGGUCCUGCAGUGAGCUCUCUCACACACUGUGAAACAGCUGUUUUUUUCCCCUUAACUCUUUUCCAUGCAAGCAAAUGUCUGUGUGCAUGCAUGGGCAUCUACGUCAAUAUGUGUCCACAUGGGCACACCAGCUGGUGGCUGGGGAAAAAAGGCAGUACCAUGCAUUUUUUUUUUUUUGCGUAUGAAGAUGUGAAGUGUAGACUGUAAGAUACAGUUCUCACCUGUGAUGGAAUCACCGUCCUUAAAUGGACGCAUCUGAGUAUCUGUAAACGUAUGUCAUCCCGGGGGGGGCGAUUUGCUCGUUGUCUGGAAGCUAUACUGUUUCAUAGGUGCCAGGCAUUUAUGAACACUGAUGUGUAAGUGGAUCUAGGUCUCUCGUCUCUACCACCAUAACUGGACUUUGUGUACCUGUUUCAGAACCUUAUCAGACUAAUUCCCAUUGUCAGUUUGUGCAUGUGCUUGAGAAUGAAGGUUCCAUGGCAGUAGGAAGCUCUAUGGAUUGCAAACUGCAAAGGUAACUGAUGUUUGUUACGCUGAAAGUAAAACUAAAAUUGGAUCUUAUUGGAUCUAAGAUCCUGAAUAUUGAAUUGUUACUUAUAAUUAUUUGUUACUUUGUGUGGCCUCUCAGUAUCCCCUAACAGUGAGCCACUCUAUCUAAAUUCUGAUAAACAGGUGAAAAAAAGAUUACAGGCUGGAAUUGCAGUAUUUAUUUCUGAUUUUGCAAAACAAAAAUACACCACUGGCCAAAAUCAUGGAAAUGGUAUUUCUGGCAUUACGCUUUAAGAACUACUAUACGAAUAUUGCCGCUAAUGUUAAUAAAUAAUCAACGAAUCAAGUAUCAUGCACUGGGGGAUUAAAUAAGUAACUGGAAUACAGUUGGAUGUGUUUCCACAAUUUUGGCUACUAGUGUAAGUAAAUGAACAGUAUUGUAUCAAUCUGUAAAAUAAUCAACAAAAAAAAAUCAAUGAUUAAGGAAAGAAAGCCCCAUACAUAGACCCUGUAUUUAGUACAUUUCAUGGUAGCCACUCCAAAUACGUCAUGCCUGGAAUAAGCAUCCCUGUGCCGCUCUGAUCUGCCUGCUCAGUCGGCAUGCCUUCUGUCUCCCUCAUCUAGUCUUUCACUGGCAAACACACAGCAUGAUGAAUGCAGUGCACCACCCGAUAACUUCAGACGCUAUGCUCACUUCAUACUUUUGAAUAAUACCGUCUAGUUCCAUUUGUGAUUUGUUACUUGCUGGAAAUCAUGUGAUAGGGUGGCACAAUAUAAUUUUUUUUCUGGCAAGAAAAAGGCCAACUGCUGGUAGAAUAAUUCCGUUCCUUGCUAAUGUUUCCUAAUACUGCCACCAUGUUGCUAUACUUCUCAGGCGAUUUCCCACUGUUGCGCUGGGCAGAGGAUCCAAGUCAAUGUCCUGUUCAAGUCCUAAAGCCAGCUUCACAGGAAGUGUUUGGUGGCUAGUUCAUUAGUUCGGUUGACUUUCACAGGAUAAAAUGACAGAGGUCAAAGGGCAUAUUAGAGCAAGACCUGGUGAUCGGAUAGCAGCCGCUAGAAACUCAGGAACAAACUGUGUCUGUGCUACGUUACAUGAAGACUCCAGAAGCGGAUGGAGUGUUGUGUACAGUAGUUUGACUUUGCACAUUAUGGGGAAAAAAAAUUCUUUGGGAAAAAAGGCCAUUAUGAGCAGCUUGCACACUACCUAGACCUAUAAUCCAUUAGUGAGAGUUUUGUCUAAGAUGAAAUUCAAUCCAAAAUGAAUCCAAGAUCAUUUCCAAGCCCUUGAAAAUGUAUCAUAGCUAUCAAUGCCUUGUUUAAUCAAUGUACACACCUUAAAGAGCAAAAUUCCCUUGCUUCUGUAAAUGUGUAUAAUACUGUGUGUAUUGACUGUAUAUGUUGACUAUGAUAUGACUGUAAACAUAGAAGACUCAUGAAUACACAAUACGGAUAUACGUUAUAAGGUAAUAUUUACAGAGAUGGAUAUGAUCCAUCUCUCCACCUUGUACCUAAGAAAGUAUAUUCCAGCUCAUAUUCAUACUCACGAUUGUUAAACUGUGUAUAUUUGUUGAGCAUUUGACUAGGUGUCUCAUUGUAAAAAUAUUCUGAGUUUAUUUAAUCAUAUCUCUCAGUGAAAUGUUCACCCACCCUCCAUGCAUUCCUGUUUGUGUUAUGAUUUGAACGCCAUCAUAGAUAAGGCCAUAUAACACAUAUUAAAAACAGAGAAGGCCUUUCUCAAAUAUCAAGUCUAAUUUUUAAGGUUUCUUUACCACUUAAUGAGCAGGUGCCACCAAUAAAUUAAACUCUGUGAAUAAACAACUAGAAUUAAAAUGAAAAAAGAAA